UUCCUCUGAUCAAAAGGUCCGUAAUGUUCCACUUCAAUCCCCAAUUAGGUCAGGGCUGUGCCUUGACCCUCGUAUUUUGUGUGGUGAAUCUCCUGAUGAUGCACCAACCCACCAAUGCGGAGCUCUCACCAGUCGUUCAAGGCGGUGGACCCAUCAGCAAUCUCUAUGAUAAUCUCCUCCAGCGGGAGUAUGCCGGACCCGUGGUCUUUCCCAAUCACCAAGUGGAGCGCAAGGCUCAGCGCUCGCCCUCGCUGCGUCUCCGCUUUGGUCGCAGCGACCCCGAUAUGCUCAACAAUAUCAUGGAGAAGCGUUGGUUUGGCGACGUCAACCAGAAGCCCAUUCGAUCGCCUUCCUUACGUCUGCGCUUCGGACGCCGCGAUCCCACUCUGCCUCAGAUGCGACGCACAGCCUACGAUGAUAUUUUGGAACGCGAGUUAACCUUCAACAACCAGCAGCAGCAACAGCAACUGGCAGACACAGCCGACGACCUGAGUGCCGACUAUGAUGGCCUUUAUGAGCGUGUGGUGCGCAAGCCGCAGCGUCUUCGUUGGGGUCGCAGUGUGCCACAGUUUGAGGCAACCAAUGGGGAUAAUGAUCAGCUCUACAACUCUCUGUGGAACUCUGAGAAAAUGCGUCGCAUGCUGUUGGCCCUCCAGCAGUAUGAGGCAGCCCCCGGACAUGUUGCAAACUAUGCCAACGAUGGGGACGACACCGAGGCGCAACUGGAUGAAGAUACGUCGGAAUUCCAGCGUGAGGCACGCAAGCCAAUGCGUUUGCGUUGGGGUCGUAGCACUGGCAAGGCCCCAGCUACCGAACAAAAGAUUGAAACCUCUUCAAUUGCUCCCAAAAAUUAAAUUUUUACUGCAGAUAUUUAUGGCCAAGGCGAAAGGAACUCCAAAGGACAAAGGCGAUGACAUCAAAUGAUGGGAAAAUGGAAGCUAGAAAAAACGGUCAAAAUAUCCCAAAGCCAAAAAAAAAAAAAAGUUUUUGAGAUAUUUUUUAAAAAGAGAUGUCUAGAGAGUGGAGUGCAUGGAGAAGGUAGAAGCAGAGGCAAUGGCUGAGAAAUACAAGUUUAUAAAUAUAAUUUAAAAAAAUAUAUAUCUUCUAUAGAUACAUACAUAUACAUAUACAACAUAUGAUUAACCUAUUAAUGUCUAACAUUUCGUUUUUGAGCAGCAAAAAGAAAAACGUACAUCAAUAUAUAUGUACAUAUGUAUUUACAUAGACAUAUACAUAUGUAUAUUUGUCCAUAAAACUUUAACAAAAUGGCGUCGCGCAGGUAAAACAGAAAAAGUAUCUAAAAGAUUAUUAACGUUAAAAAACUUUAAAAAUAUAUGUCAUUUUGGGUGGGUUUAUUUGGCACAAUCUGUUUGGUUAAAAUCUGUUGUAGGAAAAUAUUUUGCAUGAUUGUUUUACAUAUUUUUUUCUGGAAACCUCUUUAAAUUCCCGUUAUGCUCAAUUCAAAAAAGAAAUGAAUCCCCAAACAUUGUCUAGCCUCAAAUGUAUAUAAAAAAUAUCAAGAAACUUAAAACCUCCCUAAAACUUAGCGCAAAUUUGUUAUAAAAACAAAAAGAAAAAUCAAAAAAUCGAUAAAAAUAUUUAAAUAUUUAAUUUGUCAGCAAACAAAUUUUCGAUUAAAUAAAAAUUACACAUAUGAAAAGAUAUACCAUGUUUAAAAAACAUGAAAGGCCCCCGCGGAAGAAAGGAAAGGAAAUAUGUAUUACUGCGACAAUUGUUACAUUCUGUGUGCUAAAAA